CGCAAUGAGUGUGCCAUAGAACAAAGCGCAUAACCUUACUUUAUUUUAAAUUAAAAUAGUACAAGUUCAAUAAAGUUCAAAAGUUCCAUAAAAUGUCUUUAUCUUUAUACACUAGAAAAGCAUUUCUCAAAACAUUUACACCUACUGUUCAAUGUCAACGAUUUAGAGGAAAAAUAAAUGUACAGAAACCUAAACCACCCCAUUUUGAAAGAGCUACUUAUUUGGCAUUAUCAAAACCAUGGUUUAUAAAUCCAAACAAAUUAAAAACUUCAGUAGAACUUUGUAAAUAUAACGAAAAAUUAUAUAAUGAUGAAAAUGAAAUUAAUCAAUAUAGUAGAAUCUUGGCCAAAGAGCUUUACACAUAUUUUUCUUCAUCUAAGCUUAUAGUAUUUUACCACCACAAUUCCAUAAAAGCCGAUGAACAGUUUAAAUAUUACUCUAUGUUUAAAAAGCAAAAUAUGGAAUUAAAGAAAUAUGGAAAAAAGGUUUUGCAAUUGGCUGUCUCUGGAACUCCUUAUGAAACUGUUUUAGAUUUUUACUCAACACCUAAUAAUAUGAUUCUUUUCAGUCCAGAGUCUGAAAUUGGCAAAGUUUUAAAGAUUACAAAGAAAUGUUCUCAACUUGUGUUAUUAACUGCUAUUGUUGAAAAUAAAUUAUUAACGACAGAAGAUCUUGCCAAAUACAGUAAGAUUCCAAAUAUCCAAGCAGCACAAGCAGAAUUGGUGCAUCUAAUCUGUAGCAUUGGAAAUAAUCUAGUUACUAAUUUAAAUUCCCAUCAAACUAAUUUAGUUUCACAUUUAGAUACUAGAAUUAAACAUUUAGAAGACAAAUAAAUAAAUUUAUUAAAACAAAAUGUUGUUUUUUUCAAAACAUUUUUGAAUCAAUUGUGUGAAUCAAUGUACUGUGUUAAAUAAAGUUUAUGAAGGAGAAUUGUCAUACAUUUAAUUUUUAUUUUUUUAACUUCUUCUUUUCCAAUUUUAUUGAAGAUUUUAAUGAUUUAGUCUUCUCCACUCUCGUUUUGGCAAUAGCAUACUUGCAAUAAAAUGCAAAAUUGGGUAAACACAAGAAUCUGAUUAGUGGUAAAUUACGUAGGUAUAUUCGACAAAAAUAUUGCAUAUUUAUUUUUGUCUCUUCCUGAGAAAAUAUCUUCGCAUUUCUUGGGGGAAA